AUGCCUAAACCAAUUUUUCCUCAUAAUCUUGAUCCUAUUAAAACGUUUGCUGAAAUGAAAGUUGCCACUCGUCCUAUGACUUAAAAGGACAUUAAGUAAUCUGGAAGAGAGAAAUUCGUUGAAUUCUGUAUUUUGAGUUCAGCUAAAAAGAACUCAGUCUUUUUCAAGAAGGUUUAUUAGUUAGUGGCGCAAGAUCUUCCAAAUGUUCAGUUUUACUAUAAAACAGACAACUUAAUUGACUAUGAUAAAGAAGAAAAAAGGCCAAUUUAGGUAGAGUGUAUUGAUAAACACUACCAAGAAAAAAAAUAUGUAAUUAUUGACUCUCCAGAGAAUGAACUUACCUACAGCAAGUUAAUGAAGUUUGUUCAAAUAAAAUUUCUAUAUAGAAAUCUUUAACACUUCAACAGAGAGUUACUAAAGUUUGCAUUUCAAUUCAAGGUGCCGAUGUUGAUUUAUUUAAGAGAUAAACAUGAAGAUGAAUCUAGUACAGCAAUAGAUUUCUCUACAUACUAAGCGAUGUUAAAGUUUAGAGAAGUAUAAAUCUCUAACAACUAUACUGACUUGAUAUUCUGUGUAAGUGAUAUUAAAGAAGGGUUUCAUAAAGAUUUUUUUGACAAUUUAAAGAUAUACGAUACUGACAUCCCCCUUUUUAUUAAAGGAGCAGUCCUUGACACUGAGGAUAUCUUUCAAUAUGCUUCAAGAUGGAGCAAAGAUGAUUUAAAGCAAUAUUAUCAUAGUGAAGAUCUUAAGAAUGCUAUUGGAAUGCAAGAAUUUGAGGAUACCGGAAUUAUGAGAAUUAACGCUUAGAAGCAAAUGAGCAUUCUCAAUAACAAGACUUAUGAGAUGAUCCAUCUUGGAAGACAUUCAAUUAAGGUAAUUAUGUUCUGCUCUCUCUUCCAUCACUACUGCAUUGAUGAUCUAGCUACUUACAAGCUCUCAGUAAAGCAUUUCUUGAAUUCUCAAUUGAGUUAAAAUGCUCUAAUGUAAUUCUACUAUAUGGACUCUAGGGCUAAUGACAAUGCAGAUCAGAUGGCAAUGAUUUCUGACAUCCCCUACAUUAGAAUAUAUUUACCAGAUAGUUAGACCUAUUUUGACAUGAAGCUUAGUGAGAAGAAGAGGUUAGACUAAACUGAAUUCAUAGAUCUUCUUGAAGAGUCUAUCGGGUAUCUCUAUGAUGAUAAUAAUACAGAUGAAUUGUGA